AUGACCGGAGUCUUCGACAGCCUGGCGGCCGACAUGCACUCCACCCAGAUCUCCGCCUCCAGCGCCUACCACCAGCAGCCGCCGCCGCCGAGCGGGGCGGGCGCCGGCCCCGGGGGCAGCGGCGGGCUGCACAAGCCGCAGGAGUCGCCCACCCUGCCCGUGUCCACGGCCACCGACAGCAGCUACUACACCAACCAGCAGCAGCACCCGGCGGGCGGCGGCGGCGGCGGCGGCGGCGGCGGCGGGGGGGCCUCGCCCUACGCGCACUUGGGCUCCUACCAGUACCACGCCGGCGGCCUCGGCGGCGUCCCCUACCCCGCCAAGGGCGGCUACGACCUGGGCUACACCGCCGCCUACUCCUCCUCCUACGCGCCCUACGGAACCAGCCCGUCCCCGGUGCACAACGAGCCCGACAAGGAGGACCUGGAGCCCGAAAUCCGGAUCGUGAACGGGAAGCCAAAGAAAGUCCGCAAGCCGCGCACCAUCUACUCCAGCUUCCAGCUGGCCGCCCUGCAGCGGCGCUUCCAGAAGACCCAGUACCUGGCGCUGCCCGAGAGGGCCGAGCUGGCCGCCUCCCUGGGCCUCACCCAGACUCAGGUCAAAAUCUGGUUCCAGAACCGGCGCUCCAAGUUCAAGAAGAUGUGGAAGAGCGGCGAGCUCCCGGCCGAGCAGCACCCGGCCGCCGCCGCCUCCCCGGGCGGCGGCGGCGGCGGCGGCGGCGGCGGCGCGGGCAGCUCGGCCUCCAGCCCCAGCAGCGCCGCCUCGGCCUUCCUGGGCAGCUACCCGUGGUACCACCAGGCCUCGGGCCCCGCCUCGCACCUGCAGGCCGCGGCGCCGCUGCUGCACCCGUCGCAGACCCCGCAGGCCCAACACCACCACCACCACCACCAUCACCACCACCACCACCACGCCGGCGGCGGGGCCGCCCCGGUGAGCGCGGGGACGAUCUUCUAAC